AUGAGCGGUGUAAUUAAUAAAAUUAGUAUAAAUAACAUCAGUAGUACCGGAAGUUUAAGUAAUAGAAGUAGAAUAAUUAGUACAAAUGGUAUAAGUAGAUUAGGUAGUAUCGGUAGCAGAACGGAUGAUAUUAGUAUCACCAUUAAAAAUAGUAUUAGUAGUGUUAGCACUGAUAAUUUAAGUAGCAUUCGUAUUCUCAGUAACACCAACAUUAUAAUAAGUAGUCGUCAUAUUAGUAUUAUUCAAAGUUUAAGUGGUAUAAGCAUAAUCAUAAAUAAAACUAGUGCAAAUAGUGUCGGUAAUAAUAGUAACAUGAGUAGUAUAAAUGUGAUAAGUAGUAUUAUGAGUAUUAGUAAUAUAACUGGUGUUAGUAGUAUAAGUAAUAUUCAAAGUAUCGCCAAUUUUAUGGGUAUUAGCAGUUUUAUUAGUACAGGUAGAAUGAGUAAUAAAAGUUGUGUGAGUAGCAUUGAUAGUAAUAGUAGAAAUAAUAGUGUUAGUGUUAUUAAAUGA